GGAAAACCCAGCGAUGAGGCCCAAGAAUUAAAACGGAGAGAACCUAAAACAGGAAAAGCGGACUGUUUUAGCGAAGAAAGGAGAUGAAAUUGGUAAUCGGAUCAGAUGGACGGGAGAGACAGAGGAGAAGGGUCAACGGUGGAGUACGAGACGUUGAUUCUGACGACGGACGUGGAGCUUCUGAAGAGGGCAUGGCGGCACGAGAAGGCGUCGCCGGAGAUUUUGAAAUUCGAGACUGAUUUGAUUGCCAGGCGAAUUGGUGGAAGAAAAUGUAGUGCAAGAUGCUCAAUCUGGUAUUGAUCCACUCUACCAGAUGGAUUUGGACAGGACUCAGUUCUUGUUGAGAUCUUAUCUUCGAAUUCGGCUGCAGAAGAUUGAGAAAUACAUCUUUCACAUCUUAGCUGCUGCUGAACUCUACAACCGUCUCUCUAAACAGAAGGCGUUUGCAAAAAUGUGUCUUGUUGAUUUGGAGAAGCAUCUUGAAGAGAGUGUUCUGUCAAAAUUGGGUAAUAACUACCAGUCUAUAUUCCAGCAAUCCAUGAUCAGUGAAGAGAAUGACAUGGGUACUCACAAUAUCUUCUUUCCAGUGGCAAAACUUCAAUUAGACAUGUUUGUUGUAUGCAAAACAAAUCACUAUCUUGGACAUAUCCAGCCUGAGGACAAUGAAGAUGAACCAUCAGAUAACAGGGCGAAUCAGAGACCUUUGGAGGAGCCUUUCGAAAUGGAGCCUGAUGUUUUAUGCUUUGUGCGUUAUAAAGCAGUAAAGAGAUUUGUAGAGGAAGGGAGGAUUGAUUUAUUCUGA